UCUCCCCUCUCACCGGAACAACCGUUCGCCGGAGAACUCUCAGGGAAACCAUUGCGGCGGAGGAUCCAGAUUCCCAUUCCACCGUCCGCGUGCCUUUUCCCAUGCUCAUUUUUCACCUGUAUGCGUUUUUCCCCUUUUAAGUUGCUGGCUUUUUGGAACGUGAACGCUAAUUUAUUUGUUUUUCGUUCUUUCUUCAAUUCGACGAGCACCCACUUCAGGUGGUUUAGCAUGGGGAAAACUAGGUGGUUGAUAUUGGUUACCUGUUUAUGCAUGUUUGCCUUUUCGGAUUGUAGAGAACUCAAGGCUAGGCAUAAAAGUAAUCUUCCCGAGUAUAAUCAUACACUUGCUACAAUAUUAGUUGAAUAUGCCUCUGCGGUAUACAUGUCAGAUUUGACGCAACUUUUUACUUGGACAUGCUCUAGAUGUGAUGACUUGACCAAGGGAUUUGAAAUCAUAGAGUUGGUUGUUGAUAUCGAACAUUGCUUACAGGCAUUUGUUGGAGUGGCAGAGGAUCCUCAUGCCAUUAUCAUUGCAUUCAGAGGAACUAAUGAACGCAGCUUACAAAACUGGAUCGAAGAUUUAUAUUGGAAGCAGCAUGAAAUAAAUUAUCCAGGCAUGGAUGAUGCAAUGGUACAUCGUGGUUUUUAUACUGCGUACCACAAUACAACAAUACGUCCUGCAAUUUUAGAUGCUGUUGAAAGAGCAAAGAAGUUUUAUGGAGAUAUUCAAAUUAUAGUAACAGGGCACUCAAUGGGAGGGGCAAUGGCUUCCUUUUGUGGACUUGAUUUAACGGUUAAUCAACAUGAAAAUAAUGUUCAGGUUAUGACAUUUGGACAACCUCGUGUUGGCAAUGCUGCUUUUUCAUCUCUCUACAGCAAACUGAUUCCAAAUACAAUCCGAAUCACAAAUGACCAUGAUAUCGUUCCCCAUUUGCCUCCAUACUAUCACUAUUUACCACAGAAGACAUACCGCCACUUCCCAAGAGAGGUAUGGCUUUAUAACGUUGGCUUAGGUAGUCUUAUAUACGGCGUUGAGAAGAUUUGUGAUGGAUCUGGUGAGGAUCCAUCUUGCAGCAGAUCAGUGAGUGGGAAUAGCAUCACAGACCACUUAGUGUAUUAUGGUGUUAACUUGGCAUCUGAUGCACCAGGAUCAUGCAGAAUUGUUAUGGAUCCUUAUGUUCAAAAUACUGGCAUCAGAGAUUCAAGAGGAAACUUCAUCUGGUCCAGAGAUCCUGCAACUCCCCUUCUCAAAUUGAGUAGGGAGUUUGAUAAUCCCAUUAAUGUUGAUUGAAUUGCCAUGGGAUAUCUCUUGUGGGGGCCUUAUACUUCGUUCUUCAUGGUCCUUCCAAAUGGAGUGGUGUGGGCCAUACAGCAGAAGAAUUUUAUUGAAAUUGGCUAGGGCUGGAAGGAGUUUGUUUGUAUAUUUGUAUAUGCUCGUCCUUGUAUAUAUAUGAUUAAUAAUUCUUGAUACUGUUGUUAAGUGUACAAAUUCACUUUCAAAUUCUCCUCAAUUUCACCCGUGGUUUGGGUGAUAUUUGUUU